AUGUCUUCCUCCGGAGCAGGCCAAUCUAGCGUCGGCAGCCGCACCCUCUACGAAGCCGGUGACCAGCGCAACGUGCCCCAGUCUGAGAUCAACGAGCAGAACCGCUACGCAGAGGGUCAGAAGAACAGCCACAAGACCCUGGACUCGAAGGACCAGCGUUCCAUUGGCAACAAGCUUGCUGCACAAGAACGCAAGCCCGAGAGCGACCACCACCACAACUUCGAUAAGGACCCUGAGGCUGAGCUCAGCAAGCAGGAUCCUACUAAGCCGGCCAAGGUGCACGGCAACCAGCCUUCCAAGGGUGCUCAGAUCGAUGCCGAAUUGCAGGCUGAGGAUGAGCAGCGCUUGCGUGAGAAGGGUAUCAAGAAAUAA